AGCGGCGGAGUGGUUUGACGGGCAGUCGAGGUUGCAGCAGGCAGAGGGAGACGGUGGAAGGUAAAGCAGGGAGGCAGCAUCAUGGCGGACAGAGACAGUGGCAGUGACCACGGAGGGCCCACCGCGGGCCCCGGCUCGCUGCCCCCGGGUGCGAUGGGUGCUAUGUCCCGGCUGCAGCACGACACCGAGGAGCUCGCCUCGAAGCGCGUCGACAUCCAAAACAAGCGCUUCUACCUUGACGUGAAGCAGAAUGUUAAAGGCCGCUUCCUAAAGAUAGCCGAGGUCGGGGCUGGUGGAAACAAGAGCCGCCUCACUCUCUCUAUGUCGGUGGCCGUAGAGUUCCGCGAUUAUCUCGGGGACUUUAUCGAACAUUACGCCCAGCUGGGCCCGAGCAACCCGGACAUAGUGCAGGAUGAGCCGCGGCGGGCGCUCAAGAGCGAAUUCCUGGUGCGGGAGAAUCGGAAAUAUUACAUGGAUCUGAAAGAGAACCAGAGGGGGCGGUUCCUAAGGAUCCGGCAGACCGUUAAUCGGGGGCCCGGAUUGGGAAGCGCGCAAGGCCAGACCAUCGCUCUGCCGGCGCAGGGUCUCAUCGAGUUCCGCGACGCUUUGGCCAAACUCAUCGACGACUACGGUGUGGACGAGGAGCCGGCGGAGCUCCCGGAGGGCACCUCUCUGACGGUCGACAACAAGCGCUUCUUCUUCGACGUGGGCUCCAAUAAGUACGGGGUCUUCAUGAGGGUCAGCGAGGUGAAGCCCACGUACCGGAACUCCAUCACGGUUCCGUGCAAAGUGUGGUCCAAAUUCGGCAACACCUUCAGCAAAUACGCGGAUGAGAUGAGGAAGAUCCAGGAGAGGAGUAGAGAGAAACGGGCCUCCGAACUGCUACCUGAGGGCCCGCUCGGCGGAGAUGACGGCGACGAUGACUGACGCGGAUCUUAGGAGGGCCGGAGUGAAACGACAAACUGGACUCUGAGAGAAAAACGAGACUUUUAACUGUAAAAUAGAAAGAGAAAUUUCCAAGGGAAUCACCCCACACACACAACCUCCACAGACAUGGCAGCACCUCUGCUGUCUCCUCGCUCAUUUUACUGGAUGUCACCCCACUUACCACCAUGUAACAGUAAGCCGCUGCUAUCAAGGAUUGAACUGUAAGAUAUGAACUGUUUCCUAUACUUGAUUUAAAUGACAAUGAACAGAGUGUUUAUAUCUCUAUCAAACGACAGAUUUUGCACACAUCAAAGCUAUUUCGAAAAAAAAGAAAUGUUAAGUGUUUUCAAACUGGUAAUAUACUAAGAUUUAAUCACAGGUAAAAACCAGAGGUCUAUUAUAUAAAAUGACAGUCUUCAUGUAGAAAGAAUAUUUGACAUCAGCACAAAGAGAAUAUAUUAUGGACUUUAUGAAACCAAAAUCUGAUUCCAGAUGUAUAGUUUAUUAUAAAGGUACGCAGAAUAAAUAUGAAAGCGCUCUAAAAGUGUAUGAAUUGCAGAACGCAGCACUACAGGCCUGUUAACAUGUCAGCAUGUGUGCAUAGGUUCUUGUUCUGAAAAGAAGUUUGGCAAAGUAGGCUAUAGUCUUUGGUUUGACCUAAAGCGUAGUAGGCUAAUGAAAACAUUUAUAUCACGCCAUUGACUUGGAAAAGUUGAGACUCAAAAAUAAAAAGCCUAUUUUGUGGCCUCAAAAAAAUGGAAUAAAUCCAUUUGUGAGCCACUGUAUUGAAUUUCAACCCUCUUGCACCAUGUCCAUAUAAACUUAAAAGAAAAAAAGUGCUAACUUAGAUGUACUAAUUAUGAUUUUGUGAAUCAGCUGUAAAGAAAAAAAUCCUGAUUGAGACACCCACGUUUUCUGUGGGUUAAGUUUUUUCUUUGUUACUUUGUUGUUUUCUUCCCUCUUGGGGGGUGGGGGGGGGGUGCAAAAGUAUAAAGGUCCACCUUAUGGGAGCGCAAAAAAAGACGCGUUAGCACAGCGCGUGGCGAGGCUACGCGUCCUCUCUGACGUCAUUACGACCCGUGCCUUAUACACUCCACUCGUUUACGUGUUCUCACGUGGAUGGUCCGUGACCUCGACCGCUGUACGUUUUCAUUUACGAGUGCUGUUAUGUAGGCCGGAAUAUAAACUCGCCGGGGCUGUGUUAGUUCACGCCCCUGAUGUGCAUAGGUGGCAACACCGAGAGUAAGCUGAGAGUUAUGCUGGGAGUUUGGGGGCCAGAGAUGGUGUGGGCAGAAUCAGAUAGAUGAGGUGCUGUCGUCAGUGUGUCAUGGCCCCCUGGAGCCCAGAAUCCUUAGCGGCACCCCUGCCCUGGUGGCCUCUCGCAGAAAUGUGUGUGUACAGGAGUACACCAGGGUGGUCUUGCACACCAUAUGCACCAUGAAACAAACAAAGUGAGGAACAGCUGAAUGAAUCUGUUGGUUAGAGCAGAGAUGGAUGCUGAUAAAGAGCCAAGCAGGCCAUCAGUGUGAGUGCAGUCCAGAGGAUGGAGAGGCCUAUCAGUGCAGGGCCCAGGCAGAUACUAUCUCUUUAUGGUGCUACAGCCCCUUGAACGCUCCUUGGGGGCCUGAAUAUGUCACGUUUCUGCAUUAUUUUUUGCCCUUUUUUCCCGUUUCUCCACAUUAUGUUGUCCAGGUGUGUCAGGUUUCCCCCCCCCAGGCAGAGAGGAAGCUGCUGACUAGUGUAGGACAUUUCAUAGUAGUGUGCAAUAUUGUGUACGUGCCAAUCGCGGCAUUGUAUCACGUGUAUAGACUAUUAAAAAGAUGAAAAAAAUGUAUAGGCUGAUGUAAUCAGUAGAUAUUGGAAAGCAUGUCGGUGAGGUUGUUGCAUCUGCAUUAUAUUUCCAAAAUGUGAAGUCUUUCUUCUGAAGCACUUGAGUGGGGAAAAAACGUCAGAGUAGUAGUGAGAUAUUUUCCUGUCAUGUUCUGUAAACUAGUAGGCUGCCUUGUCCGUCUAUCAGUGCGCGUAGACUAGUUUGGGUGUUUUACGUUCCCCUUUGGAGCUUUGGACUCACCCCCGAAAUACCUUACUCGUUUCUCCCCUAACACAAACACACACAGUCUGCCCCUGUCGAGGCCUCUUGUCCCUAUCUGAGUGUUUGGGAGUCCUCUAAAGUGUUUUAAUGGUGAACUGCCCAAGGCCUCCUGUCAUUUGCAGCCAGCAGACUGCCUGAGACUGCUAAUGCCGGACAGGUGAACAACAGUUGGACUUUUGCUUGUCUGCGGUUUUUAUUUCUGCUAGGUGAUAGUGAUCGGCCCCAGCAGACACAAAGCAUAGGGGAGUUUGUUGUCUGUUUUACAAUGAGGAUUAUAAUUAUUUUCUCUUACGUGGGCAGACUCUGAUCUCCAGUCCGCUGUUUCAAAGUGUAAAAAAGGCCCUGGCUCAUUGUCUGUCUAGUUAAACUUGUCCAAACGACUAAAUACACUCCGGCAGACACACUGCCAAUUCCUUCUUUUUGACCCAGGCAACCUUCAGGCUUACAUUAAAGUGCAAUUGAACUAACAAUAGGUUCUAAGUGGUUAGUCGUUUUUUCAAGCAGAUCGGUCUAAAACACUACAACUAAGCCUGGUCACAGUGUGUCAGAGUGGCAUGAAGGGGAAACAGACUGCAAGGAUUGCGGCUUUAAAAAUCUCAGCUGGAUAAAAGCUGCUAAUGUAGUUACAGCCUGGGCCUGCCAGGCACGAAGGUUAGCUGAGGCUAGACUGAAGCAGAAAGCACACCUGGGCUGAAACUGUAGCAGAAGUCAGAUCGAAUGGUUGCUUUAUAAAAAGGUCGAUCUGUGUUUGAUUGGGCAUGUCUGCGCGUUAGAGGCAAGAAAAAUGUUCCAGAAAAUCCCAUCUGUUCCACGCAGGACGUUUUGGCCCAGGUUUGUGUCCCAGUGUAUGUGAAAGGCCUGAUGAAGCCUGGCACUGCACUGUAAGGGCUUAGCAGCAGCAGCAGCCUACUGACCCGGCUGAGGACAGAUCCAGUUAGGACUGGAACAGGAAGUCUCUUUCCCCUCAUGCAAAGAUUUCCUCACACUGCCCUGUGAAUUAUAGGAGCCCAUUUUGAUUUAACGCACAUACGAGCCACCUAUUACUGUGUACCCAGCAAUGCUCAUCUGAGGUCAUUGAGUUCAUCUCGAGUUCACCAUAAGGCUGCACUCUCUGUCAUGACUCAGCACUUAUUCCCCAGAGUGUGGCUUCAGCUUGAUUGAAUUGAGGCCUACAGGAGGCUCAUGCUACAUGAAGACUGGAAAUACAACACCUCCUUUUAUCCAUUUCUCUUAUGUCCCAAUAUAAGGAGAGCAUGAACUUGCUCAUAGAGUUCUCAUUGUGAAUUCCUCAAUUUAAAACGCACAUUUCUAUAAAGAUUUAAGGACGUGCUGUUGCAGACUGUGAUCGCCAGGUGCUACUGGGUCAGUCGUUCAGGAUUCGGUUGUAUAACAUGACCUGUAUAUUUUGGGUCGUAGUUCUAUGUGAAUAACAGGGAAGAGAAGUGGGGAGCUCUCGUGAUUUUUGCUGAAGACAGUGUGAUCAAAUCAGAUUUCUCAAGUUAACAAGAGCUCACUCAGUGUCACGGCAAAACCCGGAGUGACCUUGCAGCCAUGCUGUGCCCACGUUCAUCCAUUUCUGGGACUCAAAUGCAAAAUGGUAGGCUGAUAAUUAUUUUCUGUGUAAAUCGCGCUGUCUUCAGUGGCUCUGGCUAAGUUCAGUGUGCGAAUGAUGUUCUGAAUUACUAAACAGAUGAGCCAUCAUAGCAAUCCCUAAUGUAAUCCUGCCUUUUUGUCUGGUAUUAUUUAAUUUUAUUCAAAAGAGCUGGUUUGUUGUUGCCCCAACAACAAGUAACAGUCCUUAUUCAACUAAUGGAAAUAGAAGAAACAUGUAAUAUUACUCUUAAGUGCAGCAGUAGCUACUUGUUGCAUGUUCUCCGAUUGCUAUGAUGACCCCUGCUGUAGGCGCUUCAUCUGCUUGCUUAAACAGACUAUUCAUGUACAUGACCUAAAACAGCAAACUUCCACAACUACUGACUUCAAAACAGACUUAACUUCCAUAAAGGCGUUACAGACAACCAAAUCUGCUCCAUUUCUGGUUUCCGUGUUGUAGUCUUUUUUUAUUGGCCGCUCAGAGUUCCUUGGUUAUCGCACAGCCAAUCGCAGCGUCUGGUCCAAGCCGAGCACUAUAUGACUCAUCACAAACCACUGACAGAGGGCUCAUUGAGCACGUCUCCUUUUGCACCGAGCGGUUAGGGUCCAUCAUGUUUGCAGACUGUACAGGCUACUGUUGUGUUUCGUAACAAAGACGUUCUUUCAAAAAUGCUUUGAAGAUGUUGGGAAAUGGAUCCUGGAUUUUAAAGGGGUGGGGUCAAUGCACAA